AAAGAAAUAAAUAAACAAAAUUCCAUUUGCAAGUAGGAGAAAACAUCCACAUUUGAUAAUAGAACACCAGGUCUGUUUUGUUUCGCGUUUGGAUACAUACGGCACUGAAACACGAUAAAACUUUAGUUCUUCUACAAGGGACUAGGAACAGGGUAUUAUUACAUCAUAGUAGUACUGUACUACACAACUGAAGAUUAUGGUGCAGCACUUGAGAAUCAAACGAACAUUGUUAGGAUCAGCUUCCUCUACUGCUCACUCUUCAGAUGAUGCUGCAACAUGUGGUUCACCUUAUUGGAUUGGUAAAGGACUCACUUGUGUUUGCUUCAAGCCUAAGGGAAACUGUCAACCAAUCUGCAUUAAUUUGACUCCUUUACAGGAGGAAAGACUUAGAAGACUAAAACGCCGAAUGAAAGUUUACUUUGAUGCUUCAAAGCUUGAUCACCAGGAUGCUUUGAGAGCUCUUUGGUCUGCUUCCUUUCCUGGUCAUGAGCUCAAAGGCUUGAUUUCUGAUCAAUGGAAAGAAAUGGGAUGGCAGGGAAGAGAUCCAUCUACUGAUUUCAGAGGUGCUGGUUUUAUAUCUUUGGAGAACCUCCUAUUCUUUGCCAAGACAUUCUCCACUUCUUUCCAGAAUCUUUUGAUGAAGCAAGGAAGAAAGGGAGUUGUCUUCGAGUAUCCCUUUGCUGUUGCUGGCGUAAAUAUUACUUUCAUGAUUAUGCAAAUGUUAGACCUUGAUGCAGCAACCAAACCCAGGACUUUCAUAAGAACAGUUUUUCUACAAAUGCUGUCAGAAAAUGAGUGGGCAUUUGAUUUGCUUUAUUGUGUGGCAUUUGUGGUUAUGGAUAAACAGUGGUUGGAGACAAACGCUACGUACAUGCAGUUUAACGAUAUCUUGAAAUCAACACGAGUUCAGCUGGAAAAAGAGUUGAUGAUUGAUGAUGUUCUACGGAUUGAAGACAUGCCUUCUUACCGUCUUCUUUCUUGAAAAGUGGUUCAAGCUGAUCAUUACUAGCAUAUCUCUUAUUCAUCCCCAUCAUUCCUUACAUGCUACGAUAUCUCUAAAGCAAACACCUUUGGAAGUGUUACAAAAAUUCUCACUUUGCGAGUUUUGACUAAUCAUUGAUAGGGAAAGCCUAGAUGAUGUGGAUCAACUAAUUGAACAAAUUUGUUACACGAGUUUAUAGUCCAGUAAUGUAAUGCUACUAUUCUAGAGUCAUUGAUUGGAACUGAUACAUUCUUUGUGUCGAUUUUUAGACUUGCUUGACCUUAAAAUUUAACAUUCUAGAAUUGUGGUGUUGGAUGAAAAUGCUCAGUCAAAUUUGGUAAA